CGACGAGCUCUUCUCUCGAGAUGGUCCUCUUGGAUCAAGGGCUGACGUGCGCGUAAUGACCAGCGACGGCCAAGUUUUGUGGCUUCACCGUGUUGUGCUGGAGAUGUGGAGCAGCCUGUUUCAUGACUUGAUUGCGGCCAGUGAGGAGCUGGAUGUCGGCUCAAGCUACUCGGGGGCCCCUCCCGACGUCAUCACGAUCACCCUCACGGACACCGCCGCGGACCUGAUGCUACUGCUGUCGUGCCUCUACCCGGCCUCACACCACCCGGACCGACCGCAGGGCUACGGCCUAGACGCCCCCAACUGCCUGGCGCUCCUCGGCCUCGCGGACAAGUACCACUGCCCUCACAUCAUCCACCGCUGCGCCACCUUUGCCGUGGACCAUGUCCUCCCCCGUCUGGUCGCGUGCGCCUCAGCCAACGAGGCUGCGGAAUACUUGCAACUCAGCCCCAAGCCCGGGGCAGCGGGUGCCCCGCCCGCUGCCGCAACGGCGGUUGUUGAUUGGGUGGUCAGCUGCCUGGAAAUGGCCGUACGGUUGGAGGUUGGGGAGCUUACAGAGGCCGCGGCGACGUUACUGGGCCGACGGUUCUUCGACUGGGACCUUCAGGCCGAGGCACACCGGGAGCUCAUGUGCCGGGUGCUCCGGGUGCUGCCCCCCGAGCAGUACGUGGCCCUGCUGCUGGCCGCCAUCCCGCAACCCGCCGCCGACAGCGCCGGCACCUCCGCCACCUCAUCUCGAGCGGCCAGCGCAGCCAAGACGGGCUCGGGAGCGGCAUUUGGUGCUGCCCGGGGCGGGGCAGCGGCACCAGGCGGCGCCGUCGGGGCCGCCGCCGCCGCUGGCGGUGGCGGUCCGCGUAUCGUACCUGUCGUGGUGGCGGCGGCGGGACCCGCGGCGGCGGUGGCGCAGCAGGCCGCGCCGCCGCUGCUGGCGGGUCCUCCGCCGCAGCUGCCGCACCCGCAGCUUGAAGUGAUGAACCCCCAAGUCCACCACCAACAGCAUCACCCAGAGGCGCCGCAGCUCCAGGCACUGGCGGCGGCGGCGGCGGCUCCGCAACCGUUUCAGGAGCAUGUGCCGCAGCACCAGCAGCAGCACCACCACCAUGCUGCGGCGGCCGGCGGCUUUUGGCAGCCGUUUGCCGCCGCUGCGGCGAUGAACAUGAACAUGGCGAUGAAUGGCGGCGGCGUGGCGGCGGCAGCGGGCCAGCCGGAGCCUUUCCUGGGUCCUGGAGCGGCGCCUGGGUUCUAAGGGGCAACAGCAGGCGUGCGUCCGGGACGAGGCGCGCGUUGGUGACGAGACGCUGGGGCGCAAAGUCGCUGUCAAACGACUGCCCGAGAGUAAUGACUUUCCCGCGUAUUGAAGAUGACCAGUUUGUUACUGCUCAAC